AUAACCUCUUCAGCAUGUGAGUGUCACUUUGCAUAAGAACACAUGGAACGUUCCUUUACGGCAUCACGUUCUGUCGUUACGUCAGCUGGCCGAUCAGCGUUACGUCAGAGGGAACAGCAGAAGAACAAGAUGGAGGAGUAUGCCAGAGAACCAUGCCCCUGGAGGAUCGUGGACGAUUGUGGGGGAGCCUUCACCAUGGGAGCUAUUGGAGGAGGAAUAUUUCAGGCAGUGAAAGGCUUCAGAAAUUCACCCUCGGGAAUGAGCCACAGAAUGAGAGGUAGCAUGACUGCCAUCAAGACCAGAGCCCCACAGCUUGGAGGAAGCUUUGCAGUAUGGGGCGGCCUCUUCUCCAUGAUUGACUGUGGUUUAGUAAAAGUACGAGGGAAGGAGGAUCCCUGGAACUCAAUCACAAGUGGGGCCAUGACGGGAGCUAUCCUAGCUGCAAGAAACGGACCAGUAGCCAUGGUAGGCUCUGCAGCCAUGGGAGGUAUCCUGCUGGCAUUGAUAGAGGGUGCUGGAAUCUUGCUCACUAGGUUCGCCUCUUCACAGUUCCCCACUGGGCCCCAGUUUGCAGAGGAACCAGCUCCUGCUCCCAUGCCCUCACCUCCCUUUGGAGACUACAGACAAUACCAGUGAGAGGACUCCCCCACCUCUUAUCCUCUAGGCCUUUUUGAAUUCCUUGCUGAAGUUACAAAGAAGAAGAAGAAGAAGAAGAGAUGGAGAUGUAAAAUACCAUACAUCAAACAAUAGCAACUGCACCCAACUUUAUGGACUGUGUCAGAGAAGUGAAGGACAAAAUACAUCUUCAUUCUCCUUCUUACAGGAGCCAUGUACAGAUCUGCCUUUUGCCAUUCUCAGCCUUGUCUUGUGCAUCUGUUUCACCUUUACAUUGGUUAAAUUCGGACACGUGGUGAGAUUUGUUUGUUUGUGGGGACGAGGUGUGCUUUUCUGUUUUGUUCAUAAACAGUAUGUACUGCAUGUAGCCCAACAAGUGGGAGGUCAAGACUGACGAGCUCUGGACAGUGUUAAAACUCGCAAAAACACGUCACACAUGAAACAUCAUUAAUUAUAAGUAUGGUAUACUUAUGUGUAUAUACAGUAAAGGAUUUCUGCUUGUAUUCACUUUAGUCUUUAUUUGCCUUACAUUUUGUCCCCUGCUUGGGCUGGCCACUGACAUUUGGCUGGCCUUUUUCUUUCUAUUUGAUUUUAAUAAGGGUUAUGAAGGCAAACAACCAAUCAGACACCAUGCUAUUCCUGGUUUGUUUUAAAGUGAUUUAUUUAUUGUAGAUUGUAAAGAGUUGUACCAGAUUGUCCUAUUUUAUGUGACAGUGCUUUUACAUUCAACACAAAGGUGUGGAAAAAUGACAAAGGAUGGCUUAGGCAGUAAAAAUGAAUGGAGAAACUCGAGCAAGGGAUCGAUCCAUACUGUAUGAAAUCUGUAUGAUAGACUAUGGUACAAUAAAGAAAUAAGUUGUUAA